AUGAGCGCAAACUAUUUAAAUUACGAUGACGUCAGUGACAUUGACGUGAAUUCGCUACCAUUGAAGCCACCACAAGCUUUGAUUCCUCCCGAGAAGGCAAUCCGGCGGACGUGGCAUCCAGUAAUGUGGGAUGAUGGCAGCCAACCAGGAGACCAGCCGAUAGGAGAAGCUCACCCACCAUCCAAAGAGUUCCCUCACAAGAAACAAAUCCGUAACAUUAGACGUCUCAUUGCUGAAGGAAAAGUCAAACCGACGUCUGAAACUCUUAUUUUCUUCCUUUGUAAUAAAUUUGCUAUCUCAGAAGAAAGACAAGCGAGGAUGAGAGACUCUUAA